UGGGUUCCUGCUGGUUCGGCCGGAAGCGGCUAGCAGCAUUAGCAGCAUUAGCUUUUCCAGCUGCGUGUUGGUCAGCUGACUGAUCAUGUGACUCCCGGUCGCUCCGGUUCCCACCUGAGAAUAUUUCCGUUUCUCCUCGAACUUCCCGCAGCAGGGAGGCAUGAAGCUGGAGACCCAGUGAGCAGCUGCUGGGUUCAACAAGCGAGCCUGGUUCUGGUUCUGGUUCGGGCGGAAGUUUUUCUAAUUUGGGUGUGGAAGAUCCUCCAGGAUGGGUCCAGACGGGAAGAAGCUGCUGAACAUCGUCAUCCUCGGCUUCGGCUUCAUGUUCAUGUUCACAGCUUUCCAGACAUGUGGAAACAUUGAGCAAACCGUCAUCAAGAGCUUCAACAGCACCGAGUUUCAUGGAAGCGGCUAUACAAGCAUGGCGAUCAUUUACGGCGUUUUCUCCGCCUCCAACCUGAUGGCGCCCUCCGUGGUGACGCUCAUCGGCCCGCAGGUCUCCAUGUUCCUCAGUGGGAUCCUGUACAGCGGCUACAUCGCCAUGUUCAUCCACCCGCUCACCUGGAGCUUCUACACGGCCUCCGUCCUGGUGGGCGUGGCCGCCGCAGUCUUGUGGACGGCACAGGGAAAUGUUUUGGCGAUCAAUUCCACCGAUCGAUCCAUCGGGAGGAACAGUGGCGUUUUCUGGUCGCUGCUCCAGUUCAGCUUGUUCUUCGGGAACCUCUACAUCUACUGCGCCUGGCACGGCCACGUCCACAUCACAGACAAAGACCGUCAGACCGUCUUCAUUUCUCUCACCGUCAUCAGUUUGGUCGGCUGCUUCCUCUUCUUCCUGAUCAGGAAACCCGACCCGGACUCUUCCUCUGGUUCUGAAGCGACGGAGUCUCUACUACAGACUGAGUCCGGAGACGGGUCCACAGACAGUUCAUCCAGACCAGAUCUCUGCACUCAGGCUCUGGACGCUUUUGUCCAGGCCUGCAGGAUCUCCGUCACCAAGGAGAUGCUGCUGCUGAGCGCCUCCAUUGGAUACACAGGUCUGGAGCUCACCUUCUACAGUGGCGUGUACGGAACCUGCAUCGGCGCCAUGACCCGGUUCGGGUCUGAUGCUAAGAGUCUGAUCGGCAUCUCCGGGAUCUGCAUCGGUCUGGGAGAGAUCAUAGGAGGGGGCGUCUUUGGGAUGCUAAACAAGAAAAACCGGUUUGGGCGGAAUCCGGUGGUUCUGCUGGGCCUCAUAACGCACUUUGUGGCGUUUUUCCUGAUUUUCUUGAACAUCGCCAGUGACGCUCCGUUGGCGCCGGAGGGCGGCACGGAUCUGGAGGCCUUCAUUACUCCCAGUGUUGCCGUGGCGAUGAUCUGCAGCUUCCUGCUGGGCCUUGGCGACAGCUGCUUCAACACGCAGCUGCUUAGCAUCAUCGGCUUCCUGUUCCGGGACAACAGCGCCCCCGCCUUCGCUGUCUUCAAGUUCAUCCAGUCCAUCAUGGCCGCCGUGGCCUUCUUCUACAGCAACUUCCUGCUGCUGCACUGGCAGCUCCUCAUCCUCGUCGUCUUCGGCUUCCUGGGCUCCGUGUCCUUCUUCGCUGCCGAGUGGCUGGCCGAGUCCAGGAGGAGGGACUCGGACUAUGGCAGCAUUUGAAGCGUCCAGCAGACGCCCAGAUGGACGGACACCAGGAGACGCUGUCAUCCCAGAUAAACUGGUUCUUUCUUUAAGCUCACCUUGCUGAUUGGGGAAGGAAAACCUGGAGUGGAUCAGACCUGGAAGCUGCUGCUGUAGAUGUCUGGAGACUACAGGUCAUCCAGAGGAGACCAUGGACGUCCAGGUGGUCCAACCUGUCACUGGAUACGUCCCUCACCUGCUUUAAGCAGAACGUGUUGCUGGUUCUGGGUUCUCUGCAGAACCUCUGAGACCAGAACCAGAACAUCUCAGUUUAAAUGACACUCUAACUGGAGCUAGGUUUAUUUAAGGGUGUCGGCAUCCAUCAGUCCAGAUAUAAAUGCACACCACACUUUUCAGAUUACUAAAAUAUAUAAAAAAAUCAAUCAAUAGUUUUGGGAAUCUUGGAUCAUUUUUUGCCCUUCGCAUAGUUCUGGUCCCCGAAGCUUGGGUUUGGACUAGGCCAAAAUGUGAUGAAAUGUUGUGUGAAUAGUUGUAAGUAAUCGGGUCAGAACCUUUGAACUGGAGUUUAUUCAGAGUUUGUCCAGUUUAAUCCAGUUUAGUUGAAUUGAUCUCAAAGGGAAAUUAGAGUGUAGAAACUCAAUUUUAUUGUUUUCAUGCUAAGUUUUGAGCUCUGCCUUCGACUUCCUCUGGACCAGCACAGGAAGAACCAGUUUAACGGCACCAGAACCAGUUUUCUGCACUGGUUCCAAAACCAGCAGAUAAUCCAGGUUAUCGCGCUCCGGCCUUCAUCUGGCUGAUUUCAUGGUUCGUUUAAUCCGAGUCAAUAAGGGAAGUAAUCAGUGGUGGUGAUUUCAUAUUUAUGAAAUGUAGUAAUUAUGGAUGAUCAAUUGUUUUUGUUGCCAAUAAAAUCAUAUCUAAAACAUCAGCUGCUUAUCUGGUUACAGCAGGAACCAAAGGGUUAAAGAUGGCCGACGUGAACAAAACCAGCUUCAGUUAGCUGGUUUCUGGAUCUCAGCAGAAACGAGUCAGAUUUUAUUCUGGGUCAUAAAACCAAGACAGCAGAUUAAGCCGAUAUUUUCUGGCUGAAUUGAGCCUCGAUUCAGUUUCACCAAAGCAGUAGCACUUUAGUUACCAUGGCGAUUUAUCCUGUGCUAGCCUGCUCCUGACCAGGCUAACGGGUCAGCUAACAACCAGGCUAACCGCCAGGCUGACAAAAGAUACCGUUAUCAAUUUAAAACUUCUCCAUAGAAAACCUGAUUGAGUCCAAGAGUGAAAUCGAACUGCUGGUCGUUUUGUAAAGGUUCCUGUCAAACCACAGGUGAUGUUUCUGUCCUGUUUGUUUUAUUGCUUGACAUUGUGCAAUUAAAAUACUUUACCAA